CUCAGAGACGCUCCGCUUCAUCCAACAUUGUUCAGUCGGUACGAGAAGGCCGUGAGCAUCCAACAUGGCGAUGAGACCACAGACCAAGCUCUUCUCGGGGCCUCAGAUGGCCUUCUUCCGGCCUACGUGUUUAACGACGCCCUCUCCGGCCCAGUCGCUAUCACGAUGCUUCUCUACGACCUCGCCUGCCCUUGACUGGCUGACUCCGAAGUUUAUGGAGAAGUCGAAAUCGCCCAAGGGUCGUCCGCAUGUCGCAACCGGUGGAUCGUAUCGGGGUACAACUGUCGUCUGGGGCGACUACGGCCUGCGGAUGAAGGACCAUGAUCGUCGAUUGCCCGCCAAAUCGCUCAAAAUCGCAGAGGAAACGAUCAAGCGGCGUUUGAGAGGUAUGGACUACACGCUCUACAAGCGUGUGAGUGCCAACCUGGGUGUCUACACCAAGGGCAAUGAACAGCGUAUGGGUAAGGGUAAGGGAAAAUUCGACUACUGGACGGCGAAGGUUCCAGUGAGCAGGAUUGUGUUCGAGCUCAAGGGUAAACUGCACGAGAAGAUUGCGAGAGAAGCGUUCCGAUUGGCUGGCCACAAGUUGCCCGGACUCUGGGAGUUUGUGCACAAGGGAGAUCCCCCUGUCGUUGGAGUGACGAAACUUGGCAACGGAGUGACUCUGGAAAGUCUCAAGCGGCCACGCAGAAGCCCAGCCUUGGGUUCGGAUAACCUGGAAGCGCCCCCCAAAUCGACCUCCUCUAGCCCAUCCGCCUCCCAAUAAGUGCGGGCGCAGCCCUUCCUUCUCAUCAUGUCAUUUAUAUACCUUUUAUGCCCCCACGCCAGAACCAGGGCCAUAUCCUUGCUCCCUCCUACUCUUCGCUGCCUCGGUAUCACCUCGGGUCUCGGGCUUCAGGUCUUGUGUAUAAUAUUUUCAGCUUUGGAUUCUCUUUGCGUAUCUUUACUCGCAGAUGUCGAUUGUUUUCAUACACGGAGUUCAAUAGAAAGAAAGUAUGAUCGACUGUACCUUUGUCUGUAUAUCCCGAAGAACUAGCAGUGGCUUCUCC